AUGCAAAUCUCAUCGCCUCGGGCACCGCGUUCCUCGGUCCACAGAUCGUCUUCCUCCCGGUCCCGUUCCUCCCCACGACGCCAACGAAUCCGUCCUUUCUCCGGCGGUGCCCACAUCGACCAGCCUGAUUACGAAGGACCCUCUGAACCUGCGACAAUUCCUCCCAACCUCCACGAUCCCUCCACGGCCAUCAAUCUCGACCCGCGCAUCGGGGCUUUCGACGCAGGCGGCGAAACUGAACAGCCAGAGAUCGCCCCCGCUCGCCGAAGAUUCGUCGGCGGCUUCGUUGGGAACCUCAAGAACUGGGCACAGCAGAAGGCGGGUGUGUCCCAGCCUGUGCGGGACUCGGGGAUCGCGUAUCCCGACCCUGCCGUCGUGUAUGAGGACGGGCCAGAAGGAGACUAUGCGGCUGUACCGAGGGCGGAUAUGGAAGGGCACUACUACGAUAUCGAGACGAUACCUGAGGAGCAGGAGCCGACGCCGACGCACUCUCAGGUGUAUCGGCAUGGGGUGUACUCGACGCCUGUCCCCAGCCAGCGAUACGCAUCUCCAACAUCCCAACUUGAUCGCGUCUCUGGGGAACGCUAUGUUGACCAGGACAUCCCACCGCACACGAGGCAGGAGUCGGAUUCGUCUGUCUCGGAGACGGUGCACACGACGCAAGAGCAGUAUGACGGGACGACUAUCAUGAAUCACGACAUGCAAAUGCCCCACCAAUAUGCAGACUAUGCAUACGGGACCCCGCAGAUGGGGCCGGGACCUCCUCAGGAAGGAGGGUACGGGAAACCGAACUCGGAUGCGCUUCCCGAAGGUCCGGAGUCGCUCUGGCAGCGAUUUCAGCGAUUCCUGCAGGCGGUGAAUGAUCUGCCGUGGGUGGCACCUGACCGCGUAACGGUCGAUUUCAUUCCGCGGAACGCGAGAGAUCGGUUUCCGCCCAGUGAAUAUGGCAGUCCGCUGCCCAGAACGUCGCCACGGCCGCGAUCGGGUGGGUCCCGGGCCUCGUGGUACAAUAAUACCAAUCCUGUUGCGGACUUUGGAAUGACACCAGCGCCCAAUAUGGCUAUGUCCGUGGCUGGCUCGAACAAAGAAGGUUAUCUGUCCCCUAUGGGAGGAUACCAGUCGCCAAAAUCCGGAUUCCCGUCACCCCAGGUAGGAUACCAGGGAGAAUACACCUCGUCCCCCUAUCCGAACAACUUCACUCCUGUUCCGUUUUCUCCGCGCAGCACGAGCAGCCGGAGACAGGCCAGCACCAUCGGCAGUCCGCAGCGGGUCCCAGUUCCCCGAUACACGCCGGACAUCGACGGCCCUCCUGGAUCAGGCACUUAUUUCACGCCAAUGCGAUACCCCAACGGAUACGUUCCCUACGACCAAGUCGGUGCGCAGACACAGACCUACAUGUACACUGGCUCCUCGGUGGCGUCUUCGCAGAUCGCAUUACCGUAG